CAGGAGCGAUCUGAAUCUGUCCCUCUGCUCUUCUCCCAAACUCCACCUGCUUUUUGUUGUUUUUUUCUUCUGUCUCACUCAAUCCGGAUUAAAUUACGCAUUGCACCUUUAAGAAGCUGUCACCGGGAUUAGAGUUACGCGCAGAGAGCCAAGUCGCCCUCCGGAGGGGUUUUACGCACCGUCGGUUUCCAGGAAAGGGUCUCCUUCAGUGACACUUCUCCCUGACCGUCUUCUGAUCGUCGCUGGUCCUGACACCGCCGGGGAGCCCUCCACGCCGCGCGACAUGGCCGAGACAGGGAAAGGCGUCACCGCCGGGAAGCUGGCCAUCAACGUCCAGAAGCGGCUGACCAGAGCGCAGGAGAAGGUCUUGCAGAAGCUCGGUAAGGCCGAUGAGACCCGUGACACCGCCUUUGAGGAGAUGGUGUUCAACUUCAACAAGCAGAUGGCUGACGGCACGAAGCUGCAGAAGGACCUGAAAGUCUACCUGACAGCAGUGAAAACGAUGCAUGACGCCUCGCGGCGGCUGCAGGACUGCCUGGCCGACAUGUACGAACCUGACUGGUUUGGUAAAGAGGAGAUGGACGCGCUGGCAGAGGAGAUGAUAGAGAAGGAGAUGGACAAUAACUUGGAGGACACAGACACUCUGUGGCUGGACUACCACCAGAACAUCACCGACAAAUCUUUGACCUCCAUGGACACGUACCUGACUCAGUUUCCUGAUAUCAAGGCUCGCAUAGCGAAGCGCGACAGGAAGAUGGUGGACUUCGACAGCGCCAGGCAUCACUUCGCCUCCUUACAGAAAGGGAAGAAGAAGGACGAGGCCAAGAUCGCCAAGCCAGCAGCCCUGUUGGAGAUGGCGGCUCCCAGCUGGGCUCAGGGUUUGAUAUCAGCCCACCAGGUGGCUCAGACUAACCUCUCCUACAACCAGGCGGAGGAGGAUCUGGGCCGAGCUCAGAAGAUUUUCGAGGAGCUGAACGUGGAGUUACAAGACGAGCUUCCAGCACUGUGGGACAAUCGUGUUGGCGUCUAUGUUAACACAUUCCAGAGUCUGGCAGGUCAUCAAGAGAAGUUCCACGGGGAAAUGAGCAAGCUCAGCCAAAACCUGAACGACAUCAUGACCAAACUGGAGGAGCAACGGCAGCUCAAAAAAGGCGGUACUGCAGCGGCAAAGACAGGAGACAGUGCCAAGAGUGAGGAAGCCAACCACAGUGAAUCAGCAAGCUCACCACCAAAGGUGGUGCAGAGGCCCGGCCCUCCACCCAGCCGGCCUCCGCCCAGGCUGACGCCGUCGCCAGACCAGAGGCAGCAGCACGGCGACCCGCUUGAGGACGAGGCCUCGGGGCCUGUCGCCGGCACAGACCUCACGACUGCAACGCCGCCGCAGGCGCCGUCAUGGGACUCGUGGCAAGACCAGACUCCCGCAGAGCAGGAGCCCCGGCGUGACGACGACCGCUCCCCGGAGGAGGCCCAGGCUGGCUGGGAUUAUGAUGAAAGCGACACCCGGAGCUACGCCCAGCCCGGCUGGGACGACGCAGAGGCAGCUCAGGGUCAGGACAGCUGGAACGACGACGGGGUCUACGCCGCUCAGUCGUACGCCGAGCCCGACUGGGACGACGAUGGCGCCCAAGUGGGACGGGGUGGCUGGGGCGAUGAUGGAGAGGGCCAGAGUGCAGUGACCAACGGCUCAGACGGUGAACUCCCUCCAGGAUUCCUCUACAAGGUCAAAGCGAUACAUGAUUAUGCCGCCACCGACAACGACGAGCUGGAACUGAAGAUGGGAGACGUUGUGCUGGCUUUGGCCUUUGACAACCCGGAUGAGCAGGACGAUGGCUGGCUCAUGGGCGUGAAGGAGUCUCACUGGGUGCAGAACAAAGAUAUUUCAGCCAAAGGCGUUUUCCCCGAGAACUUUACUCAGAAGGUCUGAGUAACACAUAAACACAUGCCACAUAAAGAUUCUGGCCCCCCUCAGACUCCUCAGAUGUCUUUAUCUGGUAAACGCGUGGUCGAAGCAUCAAUAUACAUCUAUUUACACACCAAAACGUAACGUGAUUGAUUAGAUUACAUUUCAGUGGCUGUGACACCAGAUGGUGUGAAGUCUUCAGGGCUGAAUGAACACAUUUACACAAACCAAAGUUAAUAAGCACGUUUCACGUAAAUGAUCACGAUGUAUUAUUCAAAUUUGACACCCAAAAUUCAAACUCAUUGGUUUGUUUCUGUUCUGAUUCCUGAAUCAUUUAUAUUUUGCUGAACUCAUAAAGCAAUGUGCUGGCAGGAAGCCGUGAUGUACUGUAUGAAUGUCAGAGUAUUCUACGUUGUGGAAAACAUUGGGAACUUUUCACGGUUCCUUGCAUGACGCAUUUGAUUGUACUGUCAUUGACUUUGGAACACAAACACUGUGACACCAGGUGGGCUCGCUCUGGGAAACGUGACACCCGUGUGUGCAGGUGUCCUGGAUCCGAGCCCUGGACGGCAGCACAGAUAUAAGCAGUAUGUUUGCAGGACUUUGCCUUGACUUGUCAGAAACAGUUUCUUGGGCUCGUAGGAUUAUCAACGGGAACAGCAGUUUUUCCAUUUAUUUUAUUGGCCAUUUGGACGACGUGUUUUGAUGUGUGGCUUAAAUUUUCUAAUGCACAUAUGGUUUUGAUUUUUGAAUCAUCUUUUCAUGAAUGGAUAAAAAGCAAACCCUUAUCAAACUCAAAUGCUGAUUUUUUUUCUUUCAUCUACUUUAGUUACCACGAUGACGGUUUCCCGCUGGUUUAGUUUUCCCCAGUAGAAACCAGGUUUAGGCUGCACACUUUGAGUCCAUGAAUCCAUGACUGUGAUGCUAAAUGAGGGACUGAGGCUCAGACAUGUAGAAUGUAAACCACCUGCAGAAGUUCUGAUUAUCCUGCAGACACCAAAGUUACACCCAUCAAAAGGUAUUUUUACAUUGUGUGGAAUUAAAAGUCAGUCCAAGUGGUAACUAAUGCACCAUCUGUCAGAUCGAA